AUGCUCGCCGACAUUCGCAGCCAGAAGACAGUGCUGCGCAAGCGCAUUGCGGGGCUCCUGCGCACCCUCUCACGCGACGAGGUGGUCGAGCAGAGCGAAGCGCUCACACAGCACGUCGUCGCCCUCGACGUCUUCCGCGAUGCGCGCAGCGUGAGCAUCUAUCUUGCGAUGGAGGCCGAAGCCAAGACGUCAACGCUCGUGGACGCGCUCUUUGCGGCGGGAAAAACGAUCUACGUCCCCAAAGUCAUCGGCGCCAAGUCGGAAGACAUGGUCAUGCUGCGUGUUGAUUCGACGGCCGAAAUGACGACGUUUCCCAAGAGCAAGUGGGGGAUUCCCGAGCCGCCGCCAAGUUUGCCCAGUGGUCUUGCACGAAUCGAUGCACUGGACGCACUAGACGUCGACAUCGUGCUCGUCCCCGGCGUUGCUUUUGACCAUCGCUGCAACCGGCUCGGCCACGGGAAGGGCUACUACGACUGCUUUUUCGAGCGGUAUGCCAGUCGAAAUGGCGGGAAGCUCCCCGUUACCAUCGGCAUUGCCCUCGAAGCGCAGAUUGUGGACGCCGUCCCAACUAGUGGUCAUGACAAGGUGCUCGACAUGGUCGCAACGCCUCAAGGUAUCCUUCGAAGCAGCGCGCGUAGUUAA